AUGACCUCGUCCUACAGAAUCAACUACCAGUUGCGUGCCCAUAAACGCGACCCCCUCAUCGAAUUCAUCAAGGGCCUCCUCCUCACCCCCUUCAUCCUCCACGCCAAGCCCCGCAAGCCCGUCCUCACCUCGCCCGGAAACGAGUCCAUUGAUACCAUCCUCGCCACCGGCAACGGUACUUCAAACGUCAACCAAGAUGACAGGAACGAUUACCAGGAGGAAGACAAGCCCAUGGUCGAUGCCAACCUUCAACGAUACCUGGAGAUCAUGAAGUCUGUCGAGGCCAUGAUCGAGGAACACCGGCGUAAGGCUGUCAAGGGCGUUCCUGAGCACUCGAGACUCCACAGGAUCGUUCCCUCGGUUGCCACGUUCUUUACGCCCUUGCCUCUGGAGGCUGCCUUCUUGGAUGCCAACGCAAAGCACUCAAUUGCUGCCAGACGCUUCGUGCCUCCUUCUUUCAACGAUAUCCGCAGGAUCCUGAACACUGCUCAAGUUAUGGCCAUUGCACCCACCAUCAGCCUCAUCACCUUCGAUGGAGACAUGACCCUCUAUGACGACGGAACAUCAUUCACUGAAAACUCUCCCCUCAUCCCUCUCCUGAUCGCGUUGAUGCGCGCCGGUCUCCGGGUGGCCAUCGUCACCGCUGCCGGUUACCCUGGCGAUGCCGGCAAGUACGAAGAGCGCCUCAUGGGUCUCUUGCGCGUCUUUGAUCAGCAGAAGUUGUCGGAGAAAUUGCUUGAGCGCUUCUAUGUCCUUGGUGGCGAGUGUAACUACUUGUUCCGUUGCGGCUGGAAGAAGUCUGAUGCCACUGGCGAGCCUGUCGUCGGCCUUACUUAUAUCCACCCAGAGUCGUACCAGCCUUCGGAUAUGCUUGCAUGGAAGCAUGAGGAUAUCCAGGAGCUUUUGGAUGUUGCAGAGGAGAACUUGAAGAGAUCAGUCUCGGCAAUGAACCUGAAGGCCAUGAUCCUGCGCAAGUCCCGUGCUGUCGGAAUCGUCCCUAUUGGAGACGUCAAGAUUGCACGAGAACAGCUCGACGAGUGUGUUCUCUCAACUCAGCAGCGUCUCUUGGAAUACCAGCAAAUGUCUGGCUCCUCCAAGACUACCAUCCCUUUCUGCGUCUUCAACGGCGGCAACGACGUCUUCGUCGACAUUGGUAACAAGUUGAUUGGUGUCCAGGUUCUUCAGACCUACCUUGGCGCUGCACCCGAGGCUACUGUCCACGUCGGAGAUCAGUUCUUGUCGACUGGAAACGACUUUGCUACACGAUCAAGCUGCUGCACUCUCUGGAUUAUCAGCCCCGAGGAGACAGAGGGCGUCUUGAAGGAAUUGACCCCGCUCUUGACCAUCCCUGCCGAGGAAGCAUAA